CCGCCCUGCAGGCCGGGGCUGGGGCGGCCCCGUGGGCCGUGCUUGCUGCUUCCUGCCCGAGACCCCAGGCGGAGAGGGCGGGCCCCAGCCUCGGAGGAGGAGUGGGAGGGAGAGGCCGGCGGGUCAUGCCCUGUGCGCUCCGCACCGCGCUCUUCUGGGACUUGGUCCUGGGCGUCCUGGGCACUGUCGCCUUCCUGAUCGACCUGGGCGCUGACUUGUGGGCCGCGAGCCAGUAUGUGCUCAGCGGCCACUACUUGUGGGCUGCGCUGGUGCUGGCGCUGCUGGGCCUCGCCUCGGUGGCGCUGCAGCUCUUCAGCUGGUUCUGGCUGCGCGCCGAUCCCGCCGGUCUGCACGCGGCCCAGCCCACCGGCCGCUGGCUGGCGCUGCUGCACUUCCUGCAGCUGGGCUACCUGUACAGGUGCCUACAGGGACUGCGGCAGGGGCUGCUGGUAUGGCGGCAGGAGGCGCCCUCUCAGUUUGACCUGGCCUACGCUGACUUCCUGGCGCUGGACAUCAGCAUGCUGCGGCUCUUUGAGACCUUCCUGGAGACUACACCGCAGCUCACGCUGGUGCUGGCCAUCGUGCUGCAGAGCGGCCAGGCUGAGUACUACCAGUUGGUUGGCAUCUGUUCAUCCUUCGUGGGCAUCUCAUGGGCGCUGCUCGACUACCACCGGGCCUUACGCACCUGCCUUCCCUCCAAGCCGCUCCUGGGGCUGGGCUCCUCUGUGAUCUACUUCCUGUGGAACCUGCUGCUGCUGUGGCCCCGAGUGCUGGCGGUGGCCCUGUUUUCAGCCCUUUUUCCUCGCUACGUGGCCCUGCACUUCAUGGGUCUGUGGCUGGUGCUGCUGUUCUGGGUGUGGCUUCAGGGCACAAACUUCAUGCCAGGGUCCUAUUCUGAGUGGCUGUACCGGGCGACGGUGGCCACCAUCCUUUAUUUCUCCUGGUUCAAUGUGGCAGAGGGCCACACCCGAGGCCGUGCCACCAUCCACCUACUGUUCCUCCUGGGGGACAGUGUGCUCAUGGUGGUCGCCUGGGGGACCCAGAGUAGCUGGCUGCCUACUGGGGUCCCACUGCAAACACUGCUGCUGGCAGGCCUCGUCUGCUUCUUUCUGGGCCUGGCUCUGCGGCUCGCAUACUACCGCUGGCUGCACCCUGCCUCCCACUGGGAGCCUGACCGAGUGGACGGGAGCCUGGGUGCUCGCCCCCUUGAGCUGCACCAGCUGCCCGAGAACAGGCGCAUGAACCAGCUGGCUCGAAACUUUUUCCCCAAGUGUCGGGGUGAGACUGCUCUGCCAGGGAAGGGCGAGGUGAAUGGGGUUCUUUGAGGCAGAGCCAUCCCCAGGCAGAGACAGAUGGACUCAAUUGGCAGAAUACAGAAGAUAAGCUAUUUUUGCUGCUGUGGACCUUGAUUCACUCAACACACAAGCACUUGAUGACUGUUCUGUGCCAGGCACUGGAGACUAGAGUUGAGUGAGCUACAAACCUGCCAUUAGGGGGCUGGAUGCUGAUAGCACAGUGGGUUAAGUGCACAUAGCGCAAAGCUCAAGGGCUGGCUUAAGGAUCCCGGUUCGGGCCCCCCGGGAUCCCGGUUCAAGCCCCUGGCUCUCCACCUGCAGGGGGUUACUUCACAGGCGGAGAAGCAGGUCUGCAGGUGUCUAUCUUCUUCUCUCCCUUCUGUCUUCCCCUCCUCUCUCCAUUUCUCUCUGUCCUAUCCAACAAUAACAAAAGCAAUAACAACAACAACAAUGAUAAACAAGGGCAACAAAAGGGAAAAAAUAGCCUCCAGGAGCAGGGGAUUUGUAGUGCAGGAACUGAGCCCCAGCAAUAACCCUGGAGGCAAAAUAAGUAAAUUUUUAAAGAAAGAAAGAAACCUGCUUUUAAGGAUGCAAAACAAGAAGGAAUGGGCCCUGGAGGAUCAAGGGACCUAGUUAUAUAUAAGAUACUUUGGGAAGAAAAGAAAGACCCUCUCCUCCCACCCCUGCCCCUCUAACCAGCGCACUGCAGUAUUGGUAUUUAUACCUCCCUGGUCACUUCUGGAAUCACUGGAUGAGUUCUUGCCCUUCCUCUUGGCUCUCCUGUCCUGGGCUAGAAGCCCCCAGGACAUCCAGGGUGUGAUCUCCAGAAUCCUUCCUCCCCCGUCCCACCCUGGUCAUUUAUUUCAUUCAGCACAUGUAUACUGAGAGCAUUUUUGCUGACCAGAUCACCGAUCAGCUUUGGCUAUUGGUGGUGCCAAGGGUCAAAACUGGGACCUCUCACAUACAAGUCCUAUGUGCUUCCUAAGCCCCAUAGAAAGCAUUGUUGGCUGGGAAUAAGGUCAGUUGUCUCUUGCUCUGUCCCUUACUCUCUCCAGCUUCUCCUGGGUAGGCUGGUCACCCCUGGAAGCUGGGGCGACCUAUUAGUUGGUUCCUGGCAGCCCCUCUAUGGUCUUGAUGCAGCCGGCCCAGCUCUGCCUUUGUUCUUAUGGGGCCACUUUCAAUCAAGUGCUUUGUGAAGCUGUGCUUCUAGGCCAUGACUGAGCGUGUUGAGUCUCUCUCUAUACUUUGGGAAGUGUGCUUUGUAGCUCUGUCUGUGUGAGCAGAAGAGGUGGUAUUUAUGUGUCUCUGCGAGUGUGGCUUUUGUUUAUCAGUAUUAUUAGGUUAUUAAAACCUCAUGAGGGCUGGGGAGAUAGCACCAGGGGAUAGCACAGUGGCCUGAGGCACAUAAGUCAGAGCUGCACAGUGCUCUGAUAAACAUUAAGUUAAAAUUCUGCAACCUGGGAGGUGGCACAGUGGAUAAAUCACUGUAUUCUCAAACAGGAGGGCCUGGGUUUGAUCCCCGGUGAUGCAUUUGCCAGAGUGAUGUUCCGCUGCUCUCUCCCUUUCUCUCAUUAAUAAGUAUCAAAGAGUUACAUUAAUAACAUAUUUUAAUAAUAAAAAGGCUCAUGAAACCCUCCA